AUGUUGGACAAAGCUAAGACUGAGGUGACGGUCGACAUAAUCAUUGCUGGAGGUGGAACUAGUGGCUGUGUAAUCGGCAGUCGUCUUGCAGCAGCGCAUCCAUCCCUUACUAUCCUCGUUAUCGAGGCAGGACCCCCUACUCGAGAUGACUUGUCCCACGUCCAGCCUGCCCGUUACCCCAGUCACUUUGUUCCGGAUAGCACUACGAUCAAAUAUCAUGUCGGUAAAGAGAGCAAGGACUUCGGAUCUCGUUCACCCGUGGUUGCGUGUGGUCAGUGCUUUGGCGGAGGAUCAAGUGUGAAUGCGGUUUAUGCUCGCCCAUCGGCGUCUGAUUUCGACGAUUGGGAGCAUUGUUACGGCAAUGCUGGAUGGGGUUCCAAAGAUCUCAUUCCUCUCUUUCAGAAGAUGGAAACGUUCCAAGUUGAGUCGCAUGCGGAUACACAUGGGUCAUCAGGACCACUAAAAAUAUCCUACGGCGGGUUGUUUACGAAUGUCGGCCAACAAUUCCUCGAUGUCGCCACUAAAUAUGACAAAACGCGACUCAAAACCGACGACCUCAAUGGAAUGCGAGAAAGUAGCAUCAAUGCGUAUGGGUGCAUGCAGCGGUGGCAAAAGUUCAUAGAUGGUGAAACAGGCAGACGUUCGGAUGUCGCUCAUGGCUAUAUUUACAGCCACGACUAUCUUAACUUACAAGUCGUGACUGGAUACCACGUCAAACGCAUUAUUUUCGAAGGUCGGCGUGCUGUCGGAGUGGAGUAUCUUCCGAAUCCUCGAUUCCAGCCGGAUGCAGCGCUGGAUGUGCAUCUGGCGCGUAGUAGACGAUUAGUUGUUGUGUCUGCUGGUCCCUUUGGGUCUCCUGCACUUCUCGAGCGUUCUGGGAUUGGUGCAAAACGUCUGAUGAACAAGCUUGGCAUCAGUACCGUCGUUGAUCUACCGGGUGUUGGUGAGAAUUUUCAAGAUCACAUCGUCACUCUAACACCAUACCAUGCUGCGAAUAAUGCUGAAACAUUGGAUGGUAUUGUACGCAAUGACGCUGCUGAGGUAGAAAGCGCCAAACUACGGCCCUCGUCCACAGAGCUCGAAAUUAUCGGCCCAGAAUUCUCACAGAGGUGGAAAGAAUAUUUCGUCAACGCUCCCGAUAAACCUGUGAUGUUCCUUGGAUCCGUCUCCAUGUACAUGGGCAGCCUCCCAAUAGACCCAGAGAGAAAAUACUUUUCCAUGGGAUACCACAUCGAGUAUCCGGGAUCCCGGGGCUACAUUCACGUCACUUCUGCAGAUGAUAUUGAUGCUCCUAUGGACUUCGAUUGUAAAUUUCUCACCAGUCCAGACGAUGUUGCUAUUUUAAGAUGGGGAUACAAGUUUUCUAGAGAAAUUGCUCGUCGUAUGCCGUUGUACCGGGGAGAGUUUGUCGCGGGUCAUCCUCAAUUUUCGGAAGGUAGUCAGGCAGUCUGCCACUCGGAUGAAUCCCCCAUUGCAAUAUCCGCCCCAAAUAUCAAAUACACCGAGGAUGAUGAUAGAGCUAUCAACGAGCACAUUCGAAAGACGUCCACGAAUAUUUGGCACUCUAUGGGCACCUGCGCUAUGAAGCCACGAGGGGAUGGUGGUGUUGUAGACUCAAGUUUGAAUGUUUAUGGCGUGGAAGGACUGAAAGUGGCUGAUAUGUCAAUUGCACCUGGAAAUGUCUCUGCUAAUACAUGUACUACGGCUAUUGUCAUUGGAGAGAAGGCAGCAGCUAUCAUCCUCGAGGAGUUGGGUGUCCUAGAAUGA